UUUGCAUCAACAACGCACGCGGAAACUCGGGGAGACUCAGCGACACGCCUUCGAAAGCGGUAGAAGGUGCGCAGCGUGGACAACGACAGGAUGGCUUCGCGAGAGCUCGACAUCGUCCUCUUCGGCGCCACGGGUGUGACGGGCUUGUAUGUGGUGGAGGAGCUGCACCGUUCUUCCGAGGGCCUUCGGUGGGGCGUCGCCGGGAGGAACGCCGAGAAGUUGCGGAGCACUCUGCGCGAAGCCGCCAAGAACCUCAGCCUAGAAGAAGGUGCUCUGGACGAUGUCCCGGUUAUCGUGGCUGAUGUGGCCAACGAGGAGUCCCUGCUGGCUAUGGCGAAGCGGACACGUCUCGUGCUCAACACGGUUGGGCCGUACCGCUUCUUUGGACGCCAGGUGGUGAAGGCUUGCGUUGACAGUGGCACCCAUCACAUUGAUGUCAGUGGAGAACCGCAGUACCUUGAGCGGAUGCAGCUGGAGUUCUACGACGAGGCUCGUGAAAAGGGCAUCGUGGUGCUGGGCGCUUGCGGCUUCGACAGCAUUCCUGCAGAGCUUUGCCUGAUGUACCUGCGCGAGCACUUUGAAGGUGAUCUGGACCAAGUGGAAUCAUUCGUGUUCAUGAAACAGGGUCCGCGGGGCAUGAAGAUCAACUUUGGCACCUGGCAGAGUGCUAUGUAUGGGCUGGCGCAUGCAUCCGAGCUUGUGGAUCUGCGUCGUGAAGCUCGUGAAAAGCUCUUCGCUAAGCCACUCCCUCCACGUCACACACGUCUGGAUCGCAGGAAUGCCUUGUUCUGGAGUGAUGUGGCCCGGGGAUGGUGCCUGCCAUUUUUGGGAAGUGACCGGUCCGUGAUGAUCCACAGCGAGAUGUUCCGGCACCAGCUUAGUGGCACAAAGCCAGUGCAAAUCCAAACAUAUCUGCGGGUGCCAGGCUUCUUCAGCGGCGUGGGGCUUGUCAUUAUUGCGGCUAUGUUUGGCCUGAUGAGCAUGUUCAGCUGUGGCCGCUGGCUUCUCGAGAAGUUCCCUGGCUUCUUCUCCGCUGGCAUGGUGCGGCAUGGUGGGCCUACAAGGGAGCAGGCCAUGGGUUGCUCAUUCACAAUGACCAUGCGUGGCCGUGGCUGGACAGAGAAGCUGGCCGAGAACACUGACCGACAUGCAGGACCAAUGGACCGUUCUCUCACCAUUCAGCUCGCCGGACCAGACCCGGCAUAUGUGACGACUGCAGUCUGCAUGGUGCAAGUGGCCGUGGUGGUGCUGAAGGAGCAGCAGAAGAUGGUCGUCAAAGGUGGAGUCCUCAGCCCCGGAGUUGCUCUUGAUGGGACCUCGUUCAUGGAGAGGGUCCUCAAGCGGGGCUUCAGCGUAGCUGUGGUCUCCGACUGAAGGAGGUGUGCUUGGGCCCCGCUCACCUGUGGAUCCAUUCCAUGCUUGUGUUGCCUACUACAGUGAAUUUACCUUGUUUCCAGGAACAAUCGUAUUUGGAAAGGAAAAAUAUAUCCUACUUAUUACUGGGAAAUUGUUUGUCUACCUUGCUU